GUGUGCCGUCACGCCGUUUUUUCACUCUACACAAACCCUCCGAAGUCCUGCCAUGGCCUUCACCUCCCUUUCUAUCAACCCCUAAUUCCCCGACACACUUUCUCCAACCCCUCCAUGGAGAACUAUUCCUAUUCUUCCUACCCCGAUUCACGCGAUUCUUCCCCCAGGUCUCGCGAAAUCGACAGCGAGAACCCCUCUUGGGAUGAGCUUAACAAUAAUUCCGCCACCAAUUACAAAGUCAAGUUUAUGUGCAGUUAUGGCGGAAAAAUCCAACCCAGGCCUCACGAUAAUCAGCUUGCUUACAUCGGCGGGGAUACCAAGAUCUUAGCCGUUGAUCGCAACAUCAAGUUCUCCGCUCUCGUGGCGAAGCUCUCUUCCCUCUGCGACGCCGACGUUUUUUUCAAGUACCAACUUCCCGGGGAGGAUCUCGAUGCUUUGAUUUCCGUCACCAACGAUGAGGAUCUAGAGCACAUGAUGGUUGAGUAUGACCGCUUGUACCGUGCCUCCGCGAAGCCCGCUAGGCUGAGGUUGUUCCUUUUUCCGCUGGCUCCAUCGGCUCCGGCCAGUUUCGGGUCGUCCGAAUUGAAAUCGGAGCGGCAGUGGUUCGUGGAUGCUCUCAAUUCUGUGCAGAUUCAGCAGGUGGACGGUUCCUCACCGCCAGCUCCGGUCUCGGCUACAAACCCGGAUUUUCUGUUUGGGUUGGAUAAGGCUUACCCGGGGGUUCCAGCAACGAAAUUGCCUGAUUCUGUUCCUGUUCCAACUGCUCCGGAUGCAGGGGUGAAGGAUUUGUCAGCGGGAUCAGAAUGUGUGUCGGAGGAUCGGCACGCGGUUGGAGAACCAUUGCUCUCGCCUGCCGAGAUCCAAAGACAGAUCCAGGAUUUGCAGAGACUACACAUUGUGAACAAUGACCAACUCCUACAGCGGAAAAGUGAUGAAGGUAAUGGUAGAGUUUAUACUGUGGACUAUUUCCCUCAGAAAAAUCCCGAGAAAGUGGCGCCGCCUCCGGCGCCAUUGCAUGCUCAUACAGGUCCAGUUCCGGUUCCUGUGUCAGCGUCGGCAGCGUUUUUGCCUGAAAGACAUAUGACAAGUGCUGCUUAUCCACUGGGGGUUUCUGCAACAGGAACUGAUCAGCAACAGCCGGUGUAUCUCAUCCCAACACCGGCUGCAAUGUACCAUGCAACUACUUUACGACCUGUGACUGGACCAGUAGGUCAGCCUUACUAUGGUGGAGUCCCAAGAAUGGUCCCAGCCGAGAUGUACAAUGCAGCACCUCCGUCGUCUCUUUCACAUACUCAACCCAAAGUCGGGGCUUACAAUGACACUUCUGGAAUUGUACAGCAGCCGAAGGUUGGGGUGUCUGAACCUGGAUAUGCCCAGGUGGCCUACGAUAAUGCUGGCAGGCAGGUCUACUAUGCAGCCGCGGCAUCAGCACCGCCAUCAGGUGGGGUGGUGCCACCAUACCAGGUGGCAACAGCUGGAAUUGAUGGUAGACAACAAGGUGGUGGGGCUUUGAAUCAAGAGGGUGUCUCCAUUGCCAAUUUACCAUUGGGGAGAAUCACAUCCACCCCCCUUCAAAAAAAUUAAUCACAGCUAAGGACUAACAACAAAUUUCAUUUUUAUUUUACCAGUAAUUCAUUUCACACUAGUCCUUAUCUGUAAUUAAUUUUCUUGGGAGCUGAAUUUAAUACUCCCCUACCAUUAUUCGUACAGUAAAAUCAGGAUCUGGUGCCUUUUUUUAUAUUUACUAACCACUUACGUUGCUCGA